AAAUUUCCAAAAAAACAAUACUUUUGUUCCUCUGCCGACCUAACGUGGAGACUUGUCAACAUUUUGCUAGUGUGAAAUUUAACUCCUCCUUCCUUAAGUUUCAUUACAAAAUUCGAGGAUGACUAAUCCAUAUUAAAAAAAAAAGUAUUUCAAGUCUUCCACCUAACCAGAAGACAAACUGAGGUGGUUUUGAAGGUUUGAAUUAAUGGAUCCGACAUCAACAGUCGUGGACAUAUAUCGAUUAGUUUCAGAAGAUAUUGGUCCAAAACUUCUGAGAGAAUCAGCUGGUUCAGAAUCAUGUUGCAUCGUGAGAAUCCCACAGAGCCUUGCACGAAUCAACCUCAAAGCUUACGAACCAAAGAUCGUCUCCAUUGGUCCUUACCAUCACGGUAAAGAACAUCUCCAGAUGACACAGCAGCAUAAACGCCGGUUCUUGAAGUUCUUCGUGGUUAAAAUGGAAGAGAAAGGAAUCCAUCCUCAAGAACUGGUCAAAGCUGUAACGAGUUUGGAAGGAGUUAUAAGAGGGUCUUACUCCGAGGAUCUUGGUUUUGAUUCUCAAAAAUUGGUUGAGAUGAUGGUUCUUGAUGGUUGCUUUAUCCUCACGUUGUUCUUUGUUGUUUCCGGGAAAGUUGUUUACACAAAUCUUGAUGAUCCUAUUUUCAGAAUGCCAUGGAUUUUGCCGUCGAUUCGAGCUGAUCUUCUCCUUUUGGAAAACCAGGUUCCUUAUCUUCUUCUUCAAACUCUCUUCGAAACAUCGAAGUUAGUUACUUGUAGUGGUCUAAACGAGAUGGCUUUUGAAUUCUUUGACUACUCAUUACAAAAACCAGAGACGUUUUGGGGAAAACAUUAUGGUCUUGAAGCAAAACAUCUUCUUGAUUUGAUACGUAAGACUUUUGUUCCUGUUACGUCUCAAAGAAGCAUCAAAGAUCAUAACUAUCUCACAGUCCUAUGUUGUUCCAAGGGGAAACGAGGAGAAACUAGCAGUAAAUCAUCAGAUCAUGAAUAUCUAGGAUUCGUUCUCUCAGCCAAGAAGCUUCAUCUUCGGGGAAUCAAAUUUAAAGCAAGGAAGAACACAGACUCAAUUUUAGACAUAAGGUAUAGUAACGGUGUGCUUCAUAUUCCUCCGGUAGUCAUGGAUGAUUUCACCGUCUCAGUCUUCUUAAACUGUGUCGCGUUUGAACAGUUAUAUGCUGAUGCAUCUAACCAUAUAACGAGCUACGUAGCUUUCAUGGCUUGUCUAAUAAACGAAGAGAGCGAUGCAGCGUUCCUUAGCGAAAGAAGAAUACUCGAGAACUAUUUUGGAACAGAGGAUGAAGUGUCUAGGUUUUAUAAAAGCAUUGGUAAAGACAUUGCCCUUGACUUAGAGAAGAGUUACUUAGCAGAGGUGUUUGAAGGAGUUAACAAGUAUACUUCGAAAGGGUUCCAUGUUCACUGCGCUGAGUUUGUUCAUACGCAUUUCGAUAGUCCAUGGACAUUUGCAUCGUCAUUUGCAGCCUUGCUGCUUCUUAUGUUUGCGGCUUUGCAAGUCUUCUUUGCAGCUUACAGUUAUUUCCGUCCUCCGAAAGAAAAGUAAAAGAUGCUUUGUACACAUUGAAUGAUUCUUUAAGUUAAAGUGUUCUGAUUCUUGAAUCUAUUAUUUUGGCUAUAUAUUUUCUUUGACACU